AAUUAUCUUCCAGUUUUUUAUCCAUGAGAAAAAGCCAAGCAUCGACUGCAAACUAUACUGUUAAUUCAUUACAUGAUUCUAAGAUCGUCUGAAUCAUUGGUGCAGCUGUUUCAAAAGUAUCUGAGUGGCUCGGCGGAGUUCCGAUUUUUGUUUAGGCAUUUCAAGCUGGUGAUGACUUGUUGCUCUUUUUUAUUCUCACAAAAGAAGACAGCUUCCCCAGCUGAACAUAGAAUCGAUAUUGAUGAAGAGGUUUCAGGUAUUCAGAACACUAGACUGUUUCCUUACAAGGAGCUGAAAAUGGCAACUGGAAAUUUUAAUUAUUCCAACAAAAUCGGAGAGGGAGGUUUCGGUAUUGUCUACAAGGGAACUUUCCGAGAUGGUACCGUGGCUGCUAUAAAGGUUCUGUCUUCUGAUUCAAGGCAAGGGGUGCGAGAGUUCUUGACUGAGAUAAAUGUGAUUGCUGAUAUAGAGAACGAAAACCUGGUAAAGCUUCAUGGUUGUUGCGUGGAAGGAGAUCACAGAAUCUUGGUUUAUGGCUAUCUCGAGAAUAACAGCCUUGCACAAACUCUUCUCGGCGGAGACCAUAGCAGCAUGCAGUUCAGCUGGCCUACGAGACGUAAAAUUUGCAUCGGCGUUGCAAAGGGGCUUGCUUUUCUUCACGAGGAGGUUCGACCUUGUAUUGUUCAUAGAGACAUCAAAGCAAGCAAUAUCCUCCUUGAUCGAAACCUCAUGCCCAAAAUUUCGGAUUUCGGUCUGGCAAAGCUUUUCCCUGACAACAUGACUCAUAUUAGUACACGAGUUGCUGGAACCACAGGUUAUCUAGCUCCUGAGUAUGCUAUACGAGGUCAGCUGACGGUGAAAGCCGAUAUUUACAGUUUUGGUGUUCUGCUAUUGGAGAUUGUGAGUGGUAGAUGCAACACGAACAGGAGAUUACCAUUGUCGGAUCAAUAUCUUCUUGAAAGGGCAUGGGAAUUGUAUGAACGACGACAACUUGCGGAACUAGUCGAUGUGUCGAUGAGUGGAGACUAUGAUGAUGAAGAAGCUCAGAAGUUCUUAAAGAUCGGUUUACUUUGCACCCAAGACAUGCCGAAGCAAAGGCCAUCCAUGUCCAAAGUGGUGAAGAUGCUAACCGGUGAGGAUCCAUUGGAUGACCGGAAUAUAUCAAGACCUGGCCUGCUCUCCGAGUUUAUGAAUCUAAGAGCUCACAAAGAGAAAUCCGACAUGAUUACCGGAAGCACAAGCAAAGAAGGGAAUGCAUCAUCAUCAUCAGAAAAUCUUACCAUGUCGUAUGCUACAAUGACAUUCAACUCGAUGUACGAUCGAAGCAAUUAGGUUGGUAUGAUUGAUUCUUUUGGUAUUCUUCAGUUACUGUUCUGAAAUUUCCCCCCCCCCCCCCGGGGGAAAAAACCAGAACUUUCAAACGUCUAAGCCAAACUAUACCGUGCUUGUCCUUUUGGUUGAUUCGAUUAGCAAUGCUUGUAAAUUUACGUAAAUUGUAAUCGAUUGAACUGUUAAAUUUUGAUUAGUUGUGAUUAUAUUAAAAGGAGAAGAGUAAGAAAGUGCUGCUAAGCCAUGGGAUAAACAUUUAAUAUA